UUCCGCCAACCAUACAUACGUUCCCAUCAGACCAAACUGUGGCUGAAGGCACAAAUUCAGUAACAUUACAAUGUACAGCUACUGGCAAACCUACUACUAUUACAUAUGCAUGGAAGAAAGACAGUGCUAAUAUCAAUAUCAGUGGUAGAUAUAGUCUGAAUGGUGGAUCAUUGACUAUUAGUAAUAUUGUAAGAGAAGAUGAUGGUAUAUAUACAUGUUAUGCUAGUAAUGGUGUAGGACAACCACAUAGUGCAUCAGCCACAGUUACUGUACAUUUUCCAGCAACUAUCAAUACUUCACCGUCAGACAGAACAGUAACUGAAGGUAAUAGCGUAACAUUACAAUGUUCAGCAACUGGCAAACCUACUACUAUUACAUAUACAUGGAAGAAAGACAGUGCUGAUAUCAUCAUAAUUGGUAGAUACAUUCUUAAUGGCGGGUCAUUGACUAUUAGUAAUAGUGUGAGAAGUGACUACGGUAUUUACACGUGUUAUGCUACCAAUGCUAUUGGAGAUGAUACGAGUGAUCCAGCUACA